CAGCUAUCAGAGCUUAGAAGCAAAAUUCGUGCACAUCAGCUGGAGCGUCAGAAAGAAGAAACUGAUCAUGGUGUAAUGCUUAAGGAACUGCAAUUAUUAUUGGCUCAGGAGAGGACUGCAAAAGAACAGCUGGAAGCACAGCUUGAUGCAGUACAGAGUGCCCUAAAGGAGAAAAAUAAUGGCUCACAAGACCAUGAACUGUACGAAAAAAGAAUUAAUUCAUUGUCAGAAGAAUUGACUAUCGUAAGGAAUCAGCUGAAGGAAUCCGACAACAAAUCUAACACUCCAUCACCACUGUUGUUGGAACUGCAGAAAGAAAUGGAGGAACUCAAGACAAGCUACCAGCAGCAAGUUUCUGAAGAAACAAGGAGAGCAAAUGAGGCAGAAUAUCAACACAAUAUAUGUGCACAACAGUCUGAAGAGAGAAUAUGCAGUCUGGAAAGCAAACUGUCUGAAAUAUCUGAUAUUGUGGGCAACUAUGACAAGAAGAGGGUGAAAGACCAGGAGGUGAUCACCAGGCUGAAGGAGAGGGUUAGUCAGCUUGAUCACGAGAACACAGUCCUGGCAACAGCUGCCGUCUCUUCCCUUCCAGUAGAAGAUAGUCACUUGGAUCCUGAAGCAAUAGUGGAGAGAAUAGUUCAUCUAUCACAUCUGCUUAAUGCUGCCAAUACAACUCUGGAAAGUCCUAUUAACAUUCAAGGUCUGUUGAAGGGGGAUAAUGAAAAGACAGACAGCCAGCAUCCACAAUGUGCUCAGUACAAAGAAGAAUUAGAACAUGUCAAGGAGGAAUUUGAAAGAUACAAGUUGCGAGCACAGUCUGUUCUCAAAAACAAAAACAAGGAUUCAUCCAACAAAGAUCUGGAGAUGUUGAAAGAUCAAAUCAGCCAACUGCGAGAGAAACUAAGGCAAGGUCACCAGGAGCAUAAGGAGGUCAUAGAAGCCAAAGAUUUGAAAAUCAACCACCUAAGUAAAACACUGCAGGCAGAUCAGGAACAACACAGACAAACACUCAUAACAAUUAAAUCUCAACAUGCCAAACAAAUCAAGGAAAUGGAGUAUGAAUUAAAGAAGCAGAGGGAGAGGACCAUUGCAAUGUUAGCAGAGAAGGAUGGAGAAAUCGCAGCACUGAAAACUUUUACAAGUCACAAUGUGAACCCAGAAUAUGUCAGUGAUAUGAAUGAAUGCUCAGAUGUUGCCAUGGAACCUGGCAAGCAAGAAGAUACUGAUGGGAAAGAUGCAGUGAAAGAACUUCUUGCUCAGUCACAUGGACAUCCGGGAGAAACUUUGCUGUUACACUUUUCCCAAGAACAGGCACGAAGGGAUGUGGAGCUGUCAAGUUUGAGGAAACAUAAAAGACAGUUAGAAGGAGCAUUAAGGGAUAUCGAACAUGCCAGUACCCUAAGGCAAGAUAAACUCAGAGAAGAAAAUGAGAAGUUAACAGAAGAACUAUGGAAACAGCAAAGAAAUGUCACGCGAGAAAAUGCCAAUCUGGAGUACUUAAAAAAUGUAGUGUAUAAUUUUCUCAUAAGCUCAGAUAAAAGUGGCAAAAAGCAGAUGUUAAAGGCCAUUAUGACAAUAUUGCAGUUCAGUCCAAAAGAGAAAGAUAUGGUAAAUUCAAAUGCUUCUUUGUAGGGUGCUGAAAAUUAUGCAGUCAUAUUUACUGUUGAGACAAAAUUUCCCCUUUUUUGUCCAGAUACUUCUUUUUUCCAUGAAUCAUACACUGAAAUUUUUACAGUACACUCAACCAUCCUACCUACAGUAGACAGUGGUCCAAGCAACGUGCAUUGCUCAUAAGAAUGUGAAACAAACCGAUCCUCCUUCAACUCUUGUGUAGUAUCAAGAGUAUUGACACAGUGUCUUUGUUGACAUGGAUAGCUGAUAAACUGCAUCUAUCCAAGAGCAUUUCAUCAGUGAAUAUCAACUUUUUUCAUCAAGGAUCAGGUUACAGCCAUUAUCACUUUGUUCUGUCAAAUAUCCACAUUCCUUGAUGCAGGAUUCAAGGCACUUAUUCAAGUUUGGGAUGGUGUAUAUAAUCUCCAAUAAGGAAAAGAGUUUUUAUGGAUGUCAACUUCUUUAUUAGGAGGAACACAACAUUUCGGAGUAUAUGUUUGCAUUGUUCCUCAUAAUAUAGAAGUUGACAUCCAUAA